AUGAAUGGUGUUAUAUUAAAUGGACAUUAUGUUUCUGAAAAGAUAGAUGAAUUUGUUUUAGAAAAGAUUAAAUAUGAGGAUGUUAAAAAUAUGCAUAGUAAAAGAUGGAAAAGGAAGAAAAAGUUAUUUAUAAUAUAUUCAAAGAAUAUAGUAUCUUAUUCUUAUUUAUAUAUACUAUUAAAGAAAAGUAUAUAUUUAAAUUCAGAUGUUGUAUUUGUUCUUAUAAGAGUAAAUAAGAAGGUAAGUGAAGAAAAGUUGAUUAAAAUAAUAAAAAAAAUUAAUAUAAAUGAAAAUAACGAUACUUCUUUAAUUAUUUUAUCACCAUUAAGUUAUCAUAUAAAUAAAUGUUACAUAUCAGAAUUUAUACAAAAAGAAAAAGAUAUUGAUUGUUCUAAUUAUAAAACAAUUUUAAAAUUAAUUAAUAUAAUUGAGGAAAAUUCUUUUUGGAACAUCCAACCAAAUAAUGAUAUGAAUAAUGAUAAAAAAAUGAAUUAUGAAAAUCUUUGUUCUUAUGAUAAUUGUAGGGUAUUAUUACCUUCCCUUUUUCCCUUUUGGAAAAUUAUUCAAAAUUUUUAUAUGGCAUAUUUUGAUUUAUUCUUAAAAUGGUGUAUGCAUGUUAAAAAUGGAAAGAUGAUAGGAGAUAAAAAAGGAAAUGCGUUUCAAAUAUUUUGUUGUAAUCAUUUGAUAAAUAAUAAUGAAGAUAUGAUUCUUCAAUAUAGAAAAGAAAAUGUCCAUAAAUUUUAUAAUAUGUCCUUUUUAUGUUAUAAUGAAAAAAAAAUAUAUAUUCAUAAUAAAAAUGAUAAUAUGAAAGCAGAUCAGUAUAAUAUAAUAAUAUAUUCACAUUUGAAAUUCUAUAAAGAAUCUGAUUAUAAGAAAAAUGACGUUUUAAUAUUUAAUUAUUUGAAAGAUGUUAAUUAUAAUUUACCUUGUUGUAUUCAUUCCAUUUUACUUUUUAUAAAAUAUUAUAAGAUUGAAAUGAGAGAUAAAGAUGUUUUAAUUUUAAAUAAUAAUAUAAACAUAUUUUUAACAUUAUUUAUCUUUUUUAUGAGAAAUAAUAUUUCAACAAUAGUUUAUGAUCCCUUGAAUGGACAAGUUUUAUGUAGGUAUGAAAAAACAAAAAAAUCUCAUAACAAAAAGGUUUAUUUGAAUAUUAAUGGGAAUCAAAUAUUAAUAAAAAAUGAGGAAGAUUUUAAAAAGAAAUGUAAAAUAUUUAUAAAUCAGUUUGUGUAUAAUUAUAAAAAAUAUGGACAUAUUAAAAAUAACGAUAUAUUAAAAAAUAUGGAAAAGGAAAUAAUCAAAAAUGCCGAUAUUAUUAUAAUUGGAAUAGGACGUCAUCAUAUAUUAAGUAAAAGGCAUAUUAAGGAAAAUGUUAUAAUUUUAGAUCUAGGAAUUAAUUUAAUACCAUCUCCAUCAAGGAAAAAAAAAAAAAAAAAAAAAAAAGAUUUGGCACAUAUUACAAAAAAUGAUGAAAUUUUAUAUGAUAGAAAAAUUGACAAGGAAAAUAUAAUAGGAGAAGAGCAUGAAUUGAAUAAUGUGUAUUUUACAAAAGAUAAAAAUGGUAUUCAAAAUAAUUAUUAUGUACCACUCCAAAAGAUUAAUAAGGAGAUUGAACUAUGUAAUAAAGUUUAUUAUUUUAGGAGAAACCAUGAAAAAAGACAGGCUAAUUUAUUAUAUAAAUUAAAGAGAGAUUAUUAUUUCUUAAAUAGAUCUUAUCGAUAUAAAGAUAUAAAUGAUAAUAAUCUAAAAAGGAGAAUGAGAAUAUGUAAUAACAAAAUUUUGAAUGAUAAUAAAUCUAAAUUAAAAUAUAUGAAUAGUUUGACAAAUAUAUUAAAAAAUUAUGUGAUUAUGGGUGAUGUUGAUAUGAAUUGUAAAAAUAAGUGUUCUUAUAUUUCUAGUGUACCCGGAGGGUUGGGGCCUAUAACAACGUCUAUGUUGUUUUAUAAUUUGUACUUUAAAAAUUGA